GGGCCAAGAGGUGAUUGAUAGUUAUAAUUUAAUCAUUAAAGAAGCUCAUGAAGUGAUUACUACUUAGACCUAAAGGAAUUGAUGGCUCAAUAGCGCUGUGUUUCUCCGUUAGCCUGGCUACAGUGCUGAAGAGAAACCUGGGGUUGUUCUUAUUUUCCUCUAUUAAUGAAGAGUAACAGACUGUUCUGGCAUUACGGAGAGCCUUCCUGUAUGUUUUAAGAUUAUCUUGCCAGACUAAACGAGAUUCUUCCAGUUUAGUGGCAUGCCAUUUGGGUUCAGUUUUAUGUGCCUCUUGCUUCACGCCAGCAAACUCAUGCUAAGCUCCUUUGUUUAAUCAGAGGUGCAAUAGAGUAGAGAGUAGUUCGUAAUGAGCCUGUGACAACAAGAUGAUCUAUUUGUGAGGGGCUAAAGGAAGCAGACAAGUCCUCUGCUACUUUGAGACAUGGCAUUGAAUUCAUUACUGAAGGAAUCACUUCCUUAAAUUUGGCUACAGCACUAUCAGAUAAACAUCUUCUGUAGGAGUUUCUGCACAAAGGCUAAUAGUCCAGUAAUAUGAACUCAAAGGUUAUUAAAAAAUGGUCCAAUAGAAGACUGAUCAAAUUGAUCCAAAGACCAUAUGAAGGAUGUAAAUGUGUGGGGUAUGUAUGUUCAGACUUUUAUUUAACUUUUACCUUUUUUUUUAAUCUUAUUUAUUUAUUUUGUACACGUUUAUCAACCUUUUUCAAGUUUUCAAUAAAGAUUUUCGUUUAAAAAAAUGACAAUCGCUCAAGUCGCGGUGAUUUGUCAAAAUUGCAAUUGCCGUGAUGCAAUUGGAAGAACUGCAGGGACCCACCUCUCUUAAUUAACCGAACGCGCGAACCCACAGUCUCCGUUCGCAGGCCUGUACUUUCAUGCACAGCCUCGCUUGUUUACAGCGUUACAGCUUAAAGUUGUAUAAAACCCGCGUCCGCGUCACUGCGCUCUGCUACAGCAAGGUUAAAUAAUGAAUGACGAGGGACCAGAGGAGGCCGAAGCACAGAAAAAUCCUGUGCCUGCAAAGUCUCCUCACCCCAGAAGAAGGCCCAGCAAUCAAACGGCUGGGCAUCAGUGUCCAAUUUGUGGACUUAGAUACGCGGAUAUAAUGCAGCAUCUCAAAGUCACAGAGAAAGUGAAAAACAAAGAAGAGCUUAGUCUUUUAAGCAAGUUGGCUCACAGACACUUUAGGGCAAAUCUGGACUGUCCAGUUCUGUUAUGCAACUCUAAACAUAUCAACAGACUUGACAAGCAUCUGUUAAAGGUCCAUGGGAUGAAGAAACCUAUGGCUAAACUUUAUAUGGAAAGGGCAAAGGACAGGUACAUUGCAAGGGAACUGGCACUGUUGAGGGCCAGCCAUCCCCAACCACCAAUUGUGUCACAUAUGGAUGAAGUGGAUGAAUCUGCCAUUGAAGAGGCUGUCCACAGGGAGAUAGCUGCAAGGGCGUCUGAAAGGACAACGACCCUCAGUAAUACUACAGCCACCUUUACACCUGCAUCAUCUCUGUCCACUGCCAUACAUGCAACAGAUUCUGUAGGUCCAGGAUCCACUGACUGUGAGCCAUCCACACCUGCCCCAGAAACACCUCCUCCUUCAGAUAAUACCAGUGCAACUCUCUCAGCUUUGCCAUCACCAAGUAACACAGACGUAGACUCCACUGUACUUGGUGUCACAGAUUCUGUGAGCCUAGUACCAACUGACUGUGGACCAUCCAUGUCCCCUUCAAGAGCAUCACCAACUGCUGUCACUGCUCUUUCACCUUUGCCGCUGAUUACCACAGCAUCCUCAUCCUUAGCCAGCAAACCUCCCCGCUCCGCUGUCAGACAAAAACACCGCCUUCAUCCAAGGACACCUGCAGAUGGUUGUGAAAAUUGCCAGUAUCUUUUUGCAGAGCUUCGUGUGACAAGGCAGCUGCUUGAAUGCGAAAUUGAACGAAAUGAUGAGCUGAAGCAGCUGCAUUCUUCUACAAUGCGUGCAAAUGCUAUGAAAUAUAAGCGUGUGCCAAAAAAUUCAGCAUCAGACGCCUCUUCUUAUGUGAAACUGGUGAGAGACUUUAAAGGCCAUGUGGAAGGUGCCAACCCUCCCAGGAAAGUUCAGGAAAAUGCAAAGCAGCGUGCCACUCAUGUGUUCCACUUCCUGCACUUCAUGGCAAACUCCCCCAAACCAAAUGGAGAUCUGUUGUUCCUGCAGGAUAUUUCAAGAGUCAGAGGGUUUGUAGCCAACCUGCAACAAAGAGGGUUCAAACCCACAACCCAACGGAUAUAUUUAAUGGAUGUUUUGGCAUUCUUAAAACUGCUUAUGGAACCAUCUUCCGGUUUCGCCGUCUUGUAUGAGGCUUGGUGA